UUAUUGUCAUGCACUUUUAUGACAGUCCCUUACUUUGCUCAGCGAUUGUAGAAUGAAAAAAUCAAACCAUCGUUAACUGCAGUAGCACAUGGCAGGCCUGUUUGUCAGCAGAAUGGGAAAAGUUCUUCUGCUUUUUCUGCUUUUACUUCCAGGAGCUUCUCCUAAAGGCUCUCAUUCUUUGUGGGUGCUUUCAACGUACAUUAAAGGACAAACACCAUUUCCUGAAUUUAGUGCUGUAGUGAUGUUGGAUGAUGUAAGAGUUCUGUACUAUGACGGCGAGACGAAGACUCUCAUUCCCAGAGGAAAUACAACAACUGAAGACGACGUGUUUGAUUCAGAUGUUCUCACAAUAAGUGACAACUUACAUGUACACUUUAUGGACAGAUGGGCAAUAGCAGCAAACAACUUAAAUGGAACUGAUCGCACUGUUGCUCUUCAGAGUCUGUUUGUGUGUGAACUGAGGGACGAUGGUGAACCGGGACAAAUGAUCACACGGGAAGGUUUCAGAGGCUCCACCACUGAUGAGCUUCUAUAUGUUGACAAGAAGUUCACAUAUCAGGGUAAUUUAAAUGUCUCGGCCCAACUGCUGAAUUUUCAUCUUGAAAUCAGCAAGAGGCGUCAUGAACAAUUAUACCAACCAAACUGCAUCAAAAUACUCAAGGGUUACCUUAAAAAAAGGAGAAAUCAAGUCAAUAGAAAAGUGAAACCGCGAGUCAGACUCAUUCAGAAAGCAAACUCAGAUUCUGGAGGAUUUCGUGUGAGUUGUUUGGCGACAGGAUUUUACCCUCGUCACAUCAACCUGACCCUGUUCAGAGAUGGACAGCCUGUAUCUGAUCAUGAGAUCACUGGAGGAGAUCUGCUGCCCAAUGGUGACGGGACGUACCAGAUGAGGAAGAGUCUGGAGAUCAGUGCAGAUGAACACAAAUACACCUGCUCUGCCACACACCUCAGUCUGGACAACAAACUGGAUGUCACUUUGGAAUUUGAUCCUGGUGAACCAUUUAAAUCAGUGACUCCCUCAGUGCUGAUAGUUUUGGUUCUGCUGUUGGUGUUUGGAACUGGAGUCAUCAUAUAUAAAUGCAGGAGGAGACAAGCAGCUUCAUCUAAAAGUGAUUAUUCUCCUGCUUCUACAUCUGAAGAGAGUGUGGAGACACCAUCAAUGCAUAAAACACAACUAUAAGCACUAAAGGUUAAUUGUUGUUAUUAUUAUUAUUAUUAUUAUUAGCAUUAUUCUUUCCAGAAAAGCAGUGAAAGCAGCAGAUGUAAACUGAACACCGUUAUCAGUAAGUUUAUCAGUAAACCUGCAGUCAGAUGCAGCAGUGACAAACGGCCCAACUAUAUCCACAUCCACUUUCUGCCAUGAUCCAUCUGGCACCCAUCCAGCACAGCUAUGUGGGGCCCAGCCGGCUUUGUCCAUAGUUUCUAUGGAGGUCCCACAUGGGUUAGCCCAGAUGAAAUGAACACUGCUCAGUGUGCACACUACAGACUGUUAAAUGUAACACAGAAGCAUGCUGGAGUUAAUGAGAUAAUUAGGUGAUAACGAGAAUCAGAAUCACUGAAGGACACAAGAACAACAAGAACUAUGACUUCAGCCACAGCCUUCGAUGAAAUCAACUGAAGAUAAAAGACAUUAAAUCUCUCAAGAUCUCAGCAGAGGAGGAUUAAACAUCUCCACAAACAGCAUUAUCAGCUUCAUUUAUUACUAACCAGAUUGACUUUAUUUCUGACAUACAUCUACAAAAGUUGUUAUUGAAAAUUUAAAGAGGUUUAGAUGUUGAUGAUUUGUUGAAAAUAAUAGUUUUGUUUGACGUUACCAUUAUUGAGGUCAGUGUGUGCUUUAGUUGUGCAGUUUUACGCUUGAUUUUUUUUAGUGUUAGUUUUUCUUUGACUGUUAUAGUUGUUUGUUAUGGCAAAAAAAAAAGACAAAAAACAAUAUGGUUGGCUAUUAUCAGCUGUUUGAUACUAAGAAUAUAAUCAUCACGUAGUGGCUUAUCAAUCUAAUGACUGAGAUUCAUAUGAGCAAAACACAGCAGCUCAUUUGCAUUUAAAGGCACAAGCACAAAAACAGCCUGUUCUUGACUGUAGUCAGAAAUGGGUAUUUACAACAUGGAUUUAUAAAUGAUCUGUGAAGUAUUUUAAGCUGAAACUUAGACACAUUUGGGGACACCUGAGACUUAAAUUGCAUCUUGUAAAAUGGGCAUAAUAGGUGACCUUUAAGUUCUGUUGCUUUUAUAUAAAAAUAAAUAUAAUGAACAAGA